AUGGCAUCUCCGACCUUAAUCACCCCGACCACCUCCACCCCUAAGCUCCUCCCACCCAUUCGCUCCAAGCUCUCAUCACCCUCCUCUUCCACCACCACCGCCGCCACUACUCAUCGCCGAAACUUCUUGUCAUUGGCUGCCGUAAUAUCCCUCUCCUCCCCGCUACUUGUUAUUCCGGCUGCAUUGGCGGCUUCCGAUGAAGAAUACACAAAAGAGACCCAGGAGGUUAUCCAGAAAGUCAGGAACACGAUCAACAUGGACAAAACUGAUCCCAACAUCGCAACUGCGGUGGCUGAGCUAAGAGAAACCUCCAACUCCUGGGUGGCUAAGUACAGGAGGGAAAAGGCCCUGCUUGGAAGGUUAUCCUUCCGGGACAUGUACUCAGCCCUAAACGCCGUCUCCGGCCAUUACGUCAGUUUUGGUCCCACCUCUCCGAUUCCAGCAAAGAGGAAGACCAGAAUACUUGAAGAGAUAGAUUCGGUGGAGAAGGCUUUGUCGAGGGGAAGAUAG